AUGUUUACAUUGGGCAUAGAGUCGGACGAAAAGGCUCUAUUGGAUGCUGAUCGCGGACCGCGGGCAACUAGGCAAAGCGCCUGUUAUCUUGUUGAUUCUUUCUUUAUCGUCCAGGAGUGCUGUUGGCAGUAUGCAAGGAAGUGCUGGGCCCUCGAUGGCAAUGAGAAAGGUGGAGAUCAAAUUUCCUCGAGUAUAUUCUCUGGGGAUGUACUGCUGCCCCGAGCCACGUUGACUGGCGCAGCUUGUACUACGCCGAGCAAGGUUGAGAACAAAUCUGAAAUCACAGUCAAAGUAUGGGGAUUAAUGCAGUGGAUGCAAGAUUCUCUUCGCGCGGAACAGGACCCCGAUCACGAAUGGCCGAUGGAAUUUUACGGCAGAGCGUUACGGUACUACCGUAAUGACAGCAGCGGACUAGGGAGGGCCAUCGAGCGUGCUCAGAUCAUGUCGUCCCUGGUCAAAAUUGGAAUUUUCAUUGUGAAGAGCCCACGCGGAGCCAGGCAGGGGACUGAGAAUGGGGCCGGUAGAACGGAAAUCGUGGCUAUGGAGUUUAUACACGAAGACGGCACAACCGCAACAAGUGGACCCAAGGUUCCCGGUGCAACUACCACAACUGCUACAAUUUAUGGACAUAUAUGA